AUCUCAGCACCGCCAUAUUGUUCAUGUACAAGAAAUUUUCGUGUGCAAACCAAUGGCGAUGAGACUGUAACGUUGCAGGUAUGGACACUUGUUUCAGUUGAAAUUUAUUCGCUGAUUCGCCCACUUCCUCGGCCAAAAUACAGAAUUUCUUGACUUCUUAGAGAUAGCUGGCCUCCAGAUUGCCAAGUCGUCAUGGCUCUGAAGAAGGUGAAGGGGAGUUUGGAGCGCGUUUUCGACAAGAAUUUGCAGGAUUUGGUGAGAGGCAUCCGCAACAACAAAGAUAGCGAGGCCAAGUACAUAGCAUCAUGCAUAGAUGACAUCAAACAAGAGUUGAGACAAGAGAAUAUUGCAGUCAAAGCCAAUGCAGUCGCUAAGCUCUACUACUUGGAAAUGCUUGGCUAUGACAUCAGCUGGGCGGCUUUCAACAUUAUUGAGGUGAUGAGCUCGUCUAAGUUUACUUUCAAACGUAUCGGCUACUUGGCUGCAUCUCAGAGCUUCCAUGAAGGAACGGAUGUGCUCAUGCUCACUACAAACAUGAUCAGAAAGGAUAUUAACAGUACGAACCAGUACGAUGCUAGCGUGGCCAUGAACGGUCUUGCAUGUUUCACAUCCCCUGACCUGGCCAGAGAUUUGGCUAACGAUCUCAUGAGUUUGAUGGCUUCCACAAAACCCUACAUCAGGAAAAAGGCAGUGCUUCUAAUGUACAAAAUCUUCCUCAAGUUCCCAGAAGCACUGAGGCCAGCCUUCCCACGAUUAAAGGACAAACUGGAAGAUCCAGAUCCAGGUGUUCAGUCAGCGGCUGUCAAUGUCAUAUGUGAAUUGGCUCGUAAGAAUCCCAAGAACUAUUUGUCAUUGGCACCGCUAUUCUUCAAGCUGAUGACCAGCUCUACCAACAACUGGAUGUUGAUCAAGAUCAUUAAACUGUUUGGAGCUUUGACACCGCUGGAGCCAAGACUAGGCAAGAAAUUAUUGGAACCUCUGACAAAUCUCAUUCACAGUACAUCGGCUAUGUCGCUGCUCUAUGAAUGUAUCAACACUGUCAUCUCCGUUUUGAUUUCGUUAUCUUCAGGAAUGCCCGACCACUCCGCGUCAAUACAGCUCUGUGUUCAAAAGCUGUGCAUUCUCAUUGAAGAUACGGACCAGAAUUUGAAGUACUUAGGCUUGCUGGCGAUGGGCAAGAUUCUUAAGACUCAUCCCAAGUCAGUUCAGAGUCACAAGGAUUUGAUCUUAGACUGUCUCGAUGACAAGGAUGAGUCUAUACGUCUCAGAGCCCUGGACCUACUCUAUGGAAUGGUCUCUAAGAAGAAUCUGAUGGAGAUUGUCAAGAAGCUAAUGAUUCAUGUUGAUAGAGCGGAGGGUUCGCAGUAUCGGGAUGAACUGCUGGCUAAGAUCAUCCAGAUUUGCAGUCAGAAUAACUAUCAGUACAUCAUCAACUUUGAAUGGUACGUGAGUAUUCUAGUCGAGCUGACUAAGAUUGAAGGGACGAAGCAUGGCCACCUGAUUGCAUCACAGAUGCUGGAUGUAGCCAUCCGGGUCAAGGCUAUACGAGCCUUUGCAGUCCAACAAAUGGCCAAGCUUCUUGAGAACACCAGUUUGCUAGUCGGUUCCGCAGCUCAACUCAACGGUAUCUGUGAGGUGCUGUAUGCUGCUGCUUGGAUCGUUGGAGAAUUCUCCGACUUUCUGCUGGAACCACGCUCAACGUUAGAAGCCAUGUUGAGACAGAGGGUGACUAGCCUGCCAGGUCACAUACAGAGCAUUUAUGUUCACAACAUCAUCAAGCUGUACAGUGCAAUACUGAUGAAACUUGAACCAGACGGAGAGAAAGAACAGAUUACUGAAGUCACUCAACUCAUCUCUGAGAAACUGCCGGUGUUUGCUGAGAGUGCCAACCUGGAAGUACAGGAGAGGGCCUGCUGCAUUCUGCAAAUGCUGAAGUACAUUAACAAGCUGCAGGAGAAAGAUGUGGGCGUGGCCGAGGAGGUUGCCGCCCUCUUUGCUGGAGAACUGAAUCCUGUGGCUCCUAAAGCUCAGAAGAAGGUCCCUGUACCCGAGGGCUUGGAUCUUGACAAGUGGAUUAACGAGCCACCUUCAGAAAGUUCUGAUGAUGAAGUCACUAUUGACACCAUGUUUGUGCAUGACGCUCACAGGGGAACAUCAUUAAGAGUGAGCCAUAAGACAAAGUAUGAGGAACCUAAUGAGGAUGAACUACGUCGACGUCGCGACGUACGACGUGAGGAACAAGCUAGUAACCCACACUACCUGAAGGAUAGCCGCAAGAAGAAACUCAAAGAUCUGGCUGCUGAGAAUGACGUAACGGUUGACGGAAUUCCUGUCGCUAAGAUAGAUCUCAAUGUACCUCUCCAUGUACCUGGUUUUAAUGUGACCGAUGAGUACAUGAAGAAAUCCAAGACAUCUAAGAAACACAGGAAGAAACACAAGAAGGGCAAGAGAGGGCGCCAUAUAUCUGAGUCCAGUGAUGAUAUCAAGGUGGCUCAUACGGUGGACAUCGUGGGAGAAGAAAUGCCUGAGGGUGCAACAUUUUCAGACGAUGAUGAGGAUGACAGAGCUCUAGAUGAUCCCCACCGAGCGUUGGACAUUGAUCUGGAUAGGCCCUUGGAUGACCAUGACAAGAUUCCCAUCCGAGAACACCGUGUUGUUGCAGCGGGACUCAAGAUGGAAACGGGCCAGGAAGCGACGGAAAUCGCAGAGGGAGAGAAGCCCAAAAAGAAGCAUCAUCAUCAUCGGAAAGAGAAAGAACACAAGGAGAAGAAAAGCAAGAAAGAUAAGAAGCACAAGAAGAAGUCUGCUGAGGCAGUGGAAGAAACCCCAGCAACUAAUGAGGAGGCGGUUGAUUUGAUGCCUGGGAUGGAGGAAGCAGAGCCUACAAGGACGAACGGUCAGAUAACAGACGCAGUGACGCAGGCAAACACGGCUGGAGCAGAGGCUAAGCCAGAGGAACCCGCAAAGGAUGAUUUGAGUUUCUGGCUUUCCAAGGCUUCAGAUGAACCUAGCGUCGCAACGGUGGUUGAAGACGCUCCUGCAGAUACCAGUGAACCUCCACCUGAGGAGAAGCACAAGAAGCAUCACAAGAAGGAGAAAAAAGCCAAGAAAGAGAAGAAAGAGAAGAAGAAACGAUCGCAUAAAGGUCACCAUGGCGACGAAGAAAGACUUGAAGAAGAGGAGACGGGAAGGACGGAACAGAUGGAGAAUGGAACAGUGCAGGAGAGCGCACCAGAAGUAGUCAUACCACCAAUGUCCAGUUACAGACUUUUAGCUGAGAAUAAUUCUAUUAAAAUGAUGUAUGAAACAAGGGUAGAACUGAAAACCCAGAAUCAGGUCGUCGUGUCGGUAAUCUUCAGCAAUCUCACUUCCUCUCAUCUCAAGUCAUUGGACUUCAACGUCUUAGACUCUCUCAACACCAGGCUAAUACGAGUGGAUUUGACAAGUCAGCAUGAAGGAGUCAAGGUACCAUUCCAGUUGCCCCCUGGCAUGACGAAUGAGGGACAGUUUGCAUUCACAGUCAAGAGUAUUACCAUGGCACAGAAGCUGCGUGGAACAUUGACCUACAUGCUCAAGGAUGAUGCAGGUUCCACAAGUGAGAAGAUUGACUUCAAAGUGCACCUUCCCGUGUCGGCUUACUUUGUGCCUAAGCAGUGUUCCAGUGCUGAAUAUGCGGAGCUGUUGAGUGGAGGGGACUUGAGCAGCAAGCAGUCCAUGACCAUCCCCAAUAUUGAAAUGGACUUUUCCAUCGUCCUUGCCAGAGUACAUUUCUUUGGGCACCUUUCACUUGUUGAGAGGGUAGACACGACAGCCUCUCUGUAUGGUCAGUCAAUACAGGGCCAUCAAGUCUGUUUACUUCUUAAAGCAUUGCCAAACAAGAGCAUCUCUGUGGAUGGGAAGAGCUCUGAUUCCAGUCUCCUAUCCUCACUUCUUGAUGACGUCAAGACAUUCCUGACUGAAGCGUAAAAUUCUAUCCAUAUAAUUAUUCCAUAAGGCUGGUUCAGACUUCAUGCAAAUUCGAAUGCUCAGUGAAUUUGAUGUCAUAAAACAUUCACUGCAAAAUACCUGUGUUGAAAGAUGAUUAAUUUUUGUGAAUUUAUAAAAACCUUUCCUAACGUCACACAUUUGCAUUCUUGUUUGCUAUCAGAGUAUGAACGAGCCUUCACAUGGUAAAACAAACCAUGCUUAUUAAUGCGACACUGAACCUAAUCAUGUAACACUUCCCUUAACCUUAGUACUGUGACUUGUUUUAAACAAACAUAUCUUGUGUUAUAGGAAUGCGAAAUGAAUCAUUUGUUGCAAAUGUUGACUUUGAUCUGUAAGCCAUAUGCAUAGCAGCCAUCUUAGUAGGCGGUUGUUUUGUUCCUUGUGAUAGGCAUGAAUACGCCUGUGUUGUUCAUGCAUUGUUACUAAUUUGAAUGUACAAAAAUGCCCUCUAAGGUUGCCGUUAUGGAUAAGGCUUAUAUUAGCAGUUGAUGUCAGAAAAAAAAAGAAGAAAGAAAAAAAAGAAUCAUUUUAUAUUUGUCGGAUUAGAUGAAAUCUCUGUGCUGUCAAACCAGUCACCUUUCCGUUUACAAAGAAAUAACAAAUCUGGUUAUGAGGCAAAAACGCCCGUUGCAGACCAGCGUUCCUGAGGGAGCUGAACCAAAUAAUUCCUGACAAUCCAAAGAAGUUCAAAUUUGGUAACAAUUAAAAGCGAAUACACACCCAUUGUUGAAUUAUCGACUGUUGGUGUUGUUCGGAAAAUUAACACAUACAGUUCACUUGUCUGAAAGCAAACUUUAGACUGACUGUAGAGGCUUCAAAUGCUCUUUGGUUCGGUGCGUCUCUGGAACGCUAGUCUGUAACAGGUGUAAUGGAACAAAUUGUGUUAAUUUUUAAAGAAAAAAAUGAAUGUAAGGUCUGGUUUGGCUCCAGAGCUGCAGUAUAUCAAUGUUAAUAGAUAUAUUAUAUAUAUGUGUAUAAACAACAUAGUAAUUCCAAAGACAUUUUUUUGAUAUUAAGAUGUAGAAAUUAUGAAAACAGCAGCGGGUUAUGUAAUGGUUCUUGAGGAUGGGAAAAAAACUGGAAACUAUUGGAGGAGGGUUUUGGGUUUGGAGACGUGGGUUUUUUGAGGUGGUUAGCGGUUCAGGCUGGAGACGGAGGCUAGACAUUGACACAGCUUAGAUUGACAACAGAACGGUAUCAUUAGGUAGAUACAGCCACACACGGAGCUUAUACUCUCAUUAGUUGCCUUUGUAUUCCAAGAGUUAAUGAAUAACUGCUGGGUAUGAGGUCUCACACCAUCAAGUACCAGACUUCACACCUUCUCAUGGAGUUUAACACAAAGACAGCUUCAUUGAAAUGGAGCAAAUUUAAUGAGUUCAUCAGCAACCAUAGCUUCUUGGUAUCAUAACCUAAUGAAUAGCCAUCUCGUUAGUAGAUUGCGUACCGUUAUUUGGCUGGAUAAGAAAAUGCACAAACUGGAUGCGGAAAACAUUGGGUAGAAAAAGUGGGUACAAUUUGGAAAGUUCUACAUCUGCACUAAUGGGACAAACAGUCUGGACAGUUUACUAAUAAUAACCAUUCCUAUCAGUUUUAUUUGGCUAAACAUGACAAUUUUGUGUGAUAAAAUGAUGGUAUUUGCAAACAACAAUUGCAAACAAGUUGAGAAGUGUGUUUAUGUUGCUAGAAAGAUAUCAGGGAAUUUGUAUUUUUGGUCAGAUCAAGCCUGGAAAAGUUCCUGAAAACCGCAGAAUUUUCCGGGGGGGGGGGGGGGGGUCGAAGGAUAAAAGUGGAACAUCUAUUAGUCUCACAGCUAGAAUAAAUAUGUCUUUAAAUAAAUUUGAGUAUUUUAUGCCGGGUUAGGAACAAGCAAUGAAAUAUGGAAAAGAAAUUUCAUCUCGAACUGGCUUUUGAAAUAUUGCUUGAUAUUAAGUUAGUCUCUGGGAAAAUUCUUGCAUUUGUUGUCAGGAAAAAAUUAAGUUUCUUGUCAAUAUUCAUUUCAUUACUAACUUUUUUCCGUGUAUUAUUCCAUAUAAAAUAAAUUGAAUGAAUAUGCUGAUCUACUUGAUGUUGUAGAUAUUUCCUGUAGAAUACCAGCCGUAACAUUAUUAUGCUUGCAAUCCCCUGACCAUAAUGUGCUUGAUUAUUGUCAUGUGAUCAAUCCUUGUUACAUAUACAUUUGCCAAUAGGAUGUUAUCAAGAGAUAAUUGUAUUGUGGACAAUACUGUGUUUAGUUUUUCAUUCAGGCUUUCGUUUCAAUCUGUGGACAAUUCUUAAGUUGAUUCCUAUUAUGCACGUUAUAGCUGUACCUGUCCCAUCUACAUGUGGUCUGCCCUAAUAGCUUUUAGGCUGAAACCUGUCCAGUGCAGAGUACUUAACAAUUGAGUUUCGGAACAACAAAAAAGUAUUAAAGCAAGCUUGGAAACGAGGAUUUAAUGCAUUAUAACUUCUGUUUUGAUGGAAAUCCUAUUAACUGAAAUCCAGGGGUCACGAACACUGAUCAACGGGAUUGCACGGAAGCGGGGAAAACAAGAUAAAAUGCAAACGAGGGGAAGGAACGAGGAAUCGAAAUUGUGGCCAAGAUUUGACAUGGUUUGAUCUUUUCAAUACUUUCCAGAGCUUUCAAGAUAAUAACGUAUCAGUAUCAGUUUGACUUGGACAAAACCAAACAACUUCCAAUCCUAUUCUUGACUAAGAUUUUUGUCUGUUUGCCAUUUUGUUUUCUAUCAAACAGUAAUUGAACCACAGAACCAACCGUCCCUCGCUAAUGAUUUUACAUGUAGAUUUUUGUGACGUUAUAAAGUGUAAUUAAGAAAAAACAGACGCAGCUUGUUGGUGUUAUGUAGCAAAGCAUUUAUCCAAAAAUAAUAAAUGUAUCUUACCUGCGUACUCAUUGUGAAAUAAUUCAAAGUAGCAUUAGUUUACGAUAAUUUAGAAUGCUGGAGCUACGUUGUUUUAAGGAUAAUCCUAGGGUACUACGUGUACAUGAAAAUGGAAGAGACAAUCUGUUCAUUUUUUUGUUGAAUAAACAGGAAACAAAUGAAGGAAAACACCUAAAUUAUUAAAUUAUUAAAUCCAUUGGUGCAAUAACUAGUACCAGUGAAUGCAAUGAUGGCAUAUUGUUUUAAUAUCGAGUACUGUAUGAACUGUGAUCAUCGUGAACGUGUAUGAUAUAUCCAUACUGGCGUAUUAACUGUUCUGUUUUUUUUCCGAUAAAGGGAAAUAAAUAAAAAGGCCAUCAGUAUUACUGAUAA